AGCAAGGAAACCACGAGGGUCUUUUCCGCCAGCUGAAGGCCUGCGUGAAUUUCGGCCGGUUGCUAUGGAGACCGACCCCGCGGUAUCCCAGCAUGCCUCGCCCCAACUGUCCAAUUGUGCUCUCCACCACGGGCGCCUCGUGAUAACGUGUGCGGAAGUGCGGCGGGCCCCGCCUCCCGGAGUAGAGGCACUGGCGCGACGUUUCCGGGAGUCCGGCAGACGCGGGCACCUCUCAGGGAGUUUCAGACGUCAACUCGGAGGCCCCCUUCCCCGCGGUGCGUAACGCUCCUCAGGGCACCUGGUUCGGCGUCUCUGGCCAGUCGGUCGGAGCUGGUCCAGUGAGGGCCGAAGCGGAGACUUAACCGGCCGGACGCGUGCGGCGCCGCGGGGCCCCUGUUGGCCGCCGAAGAGCCGGUGACUCCCCCCGCCCGCGGCGCCGGCGCAGACGCGAAUGGAACGGGGCGGGAGGGUCCUGGCGCGUCGCGCUGCGCAGGGGUCUGGAUUGGCUUUCUCGAGGGAGAAGAAUCGGUCUUCCGUAGAGAGCCCAGAUGCCCGUCCAGCCUCCGAGCAAAGACACAGAAGAGAUGGAAGCAGAGGGCGAUUCGGCUGCCGAGAUGAAUGGGGAGGAGGAAGAGAGUGAGGAGGAGCGGAGCGGCAGCCAGACUGAGUCAGAGGAGGAGAGCUCAGAGAUGGAUGAGGAGGACUACGAGCGGCGUCGCAGCGAGUGCGUCAACGAGAUGCUGGACCUGGAGAAGCAGUUCUCGGAGCUAAAGGAGAAGUUGUUCAGGGAACGGCUGAGUCAGCUGAGGGUGCGGCUGGAGGAAGUGGGGGCCGAGAGAGCACCUGAGUACACAGAGCCUCUGGGGGGGCUGCAGCGGAGCCUCAAGAUCCGCAUUCAGGUGGCAGGUCUGUGGGCUGUCCUGUGCUCUGGGGCAGCCCCCAGGCCACCUACCUCUUCGUCUGCCAGAGCCCCUGGCUCUCUGCUCCCUGCUUUUCUCAUCCCUCCCCUGACCGGCCCUGCUCCUGGCUCCCCCUUUGGGACACCCGGGUCCCUAGCCAAGCAGGGCUUCCCAUCUCCCCUCCUCCUCCCCGUCACUGUAGGAAUCUACAAGGGCUUCUGUCUGGACGUGAUCCGGAACAAGUACGAGUGUGAGCUGCAGGGAGCCAAACAGCACCUGGAGAGUGAGAAGCUGCUGCUCUACGACACCCUGCAGGGGGAGCUGCAGGAGCGGAUCCAGAGGCUGGAGGAGGACCGCCAGAGCCUGGACAUCAGCUCUGAGUGGUGGGAUGACAAACUGCACGCCAGAAGCAGCGCAAAGACCUGGGACUCCCUGCCAGCCAGCAAGAGGAAGAAGGCCCCUCUCGUUUCUGGUCCUUACAUCGUGUACAUGCUGCAGGAGAUCGACAUCCUGGAGGACUGGACGGCUAUCAAAAAGGCCAGGGCAGCUGUGUCCCCUCAGAAGAGAAAAGCAGAUGGACCAUGACCGCGCUGUUCAGAGCCAAGGGGCCCCUCGGGGCAGCUGUCAGCAAAGCCAGGAUUCGCAUUUUCCUGCUGUGGGAAGGCAGACUGACAAGCCCCUCGGGGUCUGUCCAGCCAGCUCCCCGGUGCUGCUGCUGGACCUUCCCCUCCAGCCAUUGCUGGUCCGGACCCCUCUGCCCUCCUCGGGGGCCUGCACAGCUGUGGCCCAGAGCUGCCCUAGCCAGGCAAGACUGUCUCCUCCGUCCCCAGUGAGCGCACCACCUCCCCCUCCCAAAGGGCAGCCUCCUUGGUGCCCUCCUAGACAAAGAAGAUGUGGCUCGUCUUAAGCCAAAGCAACAUCCUUCCUGCUGACCGUGUACCAGUUGCUGAGCCAGUGAGCUGGGCCCCACUCUGUGGGAACUCUGAGCCAGACAUUAUAUUUUGGGGGCCUGUCUCUCCUGGCUGUUGUUGGAGGUGAGAAGGCAGGCUCCCCGGGUCUUCUCAAGGAGGUUCUUGGUGUCUCCCAGAUUGCAGGGACUGGAAUUAAAAUCUCUCCUGGGAC